AUGAUUAAUUUUCGACGGCUGCCGAUUCUUCUGGGAUCGGCAUUACUUCUUCUCUCUUCUACUCAAGCCUCUCCUAUUCAGGAACGAGACGAUGGUGCUUCUGCUCUGUGGACGUGGUUAAGCUUCCAGGACUGCAGCUCUGACCAACAGAAGGCGAUUAAAGCGGCCCACGAAGAUGCAGUCACCAUGGCUGAGCAUGUCAAGACGAUUGACUUUGGCAAUGAUCCUGGCGCCCUCGAUUACCUAGGUCCAAGUGCACUCAACAAAGACUGGCAGGGCAACAUCCAAUCCGUGUUCGAGCACAUUUCAACUUUCCGACUCAGUGGAGUUUGGCCUGGCUACAAGAUGAAUGCUCGCUGUGGCUCGGCAAAAGAUAAGAAAUAUCAGAAUCGGUGCAGCAAGCAAGGCGUCAUCGCCUAUCAGUGGAAUACCAAGAAAGAUGCCUCGGAUCCCAACACUGCGCCUAGCUAUGACAAGGCGGAUGCCGUCUCCAACAUCCAUUUCUGCGAUCAGUUCUUCAACUACAAGAAGCUUGACGAGGUCGUUGACGCUGUGAAGCAUAGCGAUGACUUCAAGUGGAGAUAUGAUGUGUCAAAGUACAAGAAUCAAGCAUACAUUAUUCUGCACGAAUUCAUGCAUGCUACAGUCAUGACCUACUCACAAAACAAAAAUCGUCGAAUUAAAGAUCUGACUAUGUAUGUCUACGAGUACAAGCGUCACGAUUAUGACCGGGGAUACGACCGGAAGAAGGUCAAGUGGGAUGUUUAUCAGCCACUGGCUUGUAAAAUUCUGGCACGCACGCAGAGACAGUAUAUUGCUCAAGAUGGUAUCACAAUGAAUGCGGACAACUAUGCCCAAUAUGCCCUAGCCAAAUAUGUGCAGUCUAAGCUGGAUGGCAAUCAAUACCCCUGGCUCCCCCUUGCCGACCGCGAAGCUCUUGAAUGGCACCCAAAGACCAGCGCCAUGUUUUUGACGUCGGGAAACGGAACAUUCGGCAUUAACGGAGGCGAGCUUUCCGCCGAUGGAUUCACCACCAACGAUGACGGGAGCUAUGUCGCCAACGACCUCGAUGACAGUGAUAAUAUCACACUCCCCGACGAGGCCGAUACUGACACUCUGGCACCGGAGUCGGACUACCCUACCACGUACAAUAGUCAGAUGCGAGAGUUCAGCUCUUAUGUCAAUACUCCCGACCCGACGUGUGCCAAGUCUGGAAGCAGCAACCCCUCGGGUCGGUCAGCAUUCAGUGUAUCUGAGGCCGACGCAAAGAUCAGAGAUUUCUGCAGUGAUAAGAAUCUUUACAAUCAUGUCUUCACUCCUCCCAUUGAUCAAGGUUGUGGAGUGACAAAGGAUGGCAAGGGGAAGUCCCUCGGCGCGAGUGGAAGCUACAGCAUUAACGGCGGCAAAGAUAAGCUUUGGAUUGGCGCUUACUUUGCCUCGGGUGCCUGCAUUGGAAUGACGACUUGGCCGCCCAAAGGAGAGGGUCUCCGAGACACUGAUCUUUGCAUGGAUAGGUUGCGUACAAUCAUGAACGGGUGCGACACCUCAACAACAGACCAGAAAUACGGUGGAAGUCUCCAGGAAGUCUGCCUGGUAUACCAACUCAUGGCAGUUGGCAGCAGCGAGUCUGACCCUACAGGUGUUGGAUCUCAAGGAGACCACGGCGACGUGAAAUGUAAAGACACAGACACUUCGAUCCUCGGAGACAGCUACAAGAAUACCUGCACUUGCUGGUACGAGAAGCUCCCCGACCAAACGGACAUCUUCGGUAUGCCCAAGUCCGGUGGAUGUGGCUCUAUCAAUUUCAUGCCGGCCUGGAGCUACCUUGAAGAUCCCGACUACAGGCCGGAGGACAUCAAGCCCGUUGCCACCAUCACUGCAUCUAGAUAA